UCCGAUUCAAGUUUUUGUGCCAGUGUCCCAAACAACCACUGUGCCGGAAUUUGAAGAAACACCUGAGACAGAUUUUGAACCAACUCCUCUGCUACAAAUUGAAGGAACUACAAAAACCACUCUUGAACCCCCCCCAACAACUUGAAGAAAGCACACCCACGCUUCCCCCAGCUCCAUCUAAAAUUUAUCCAGCCGCAGAAGACGCUGCUGCACUGAUGAUGAUGGCACGGACAGCAUCGUAUGUUCCUAAAACAGAUCCAAUGCCAUCAUUCAGCAUUGGCUUGACUGAUUCAAGCCGAGAAGAAGCAGCAACGCAGGAGGGAGCGUCAACGCAGGAGGUAGACAGGGCAAAAACUCCAGAAACUGCAAAUUUGCUAGAACAAUUAGAGGAUUUGGUACAAAAAAUAGCAAACAGUGCGGCGAAAGAAGAAAGUAAAAGUCCACAAAUUCAAAGGGAGACUGGCGGAGAAAGUUUUGGGAAGUUUGAAACUCCUGCGGGAAUAAAUCAGAAUACGGGUGAUAUGAAAGAGAAGUGCUACAUCUGGGGGACGCGAGUGAAGACAUACGCAGAUGGCAGUACUAACGAGUUUGACAACGUGUGCACUCUGAUUGCCCAAGAUAAAUGCAUUUUGAAUAGAAUGCACCUUGCAUCGCUCCAGGCAGAAAGUUAUAUAGAAGCUGAGAUUUUUGCGCCUGUUUGCUACUCAGGCCAUUGGUGGUUAUGGGUGAUUGAUACAACAAAGCGGAGAUUUUAUAUACUUGACCCGCUACACAAGAAAGCUCCAAGCAAUGAGAGAAAGCAGCUUAAUAAAUUCAUUGGAUAUGUAAUUUUAAGAAUGAGAGCAUAUGCCGGCGGGGCACCUUAG